UACUACUACUAUAGUAAACUAAAUAAAUAAUAAUUGAAUAAAUCCAAUAAAUCUUAAUUGCAGAGGGUUGUGUACAUUUGUAUUUAUUGCUUUUUUUUUUAAGUGAGUGAUCAUGUUUUCAUUUAAAUCUGAAGAUAAAAUUUUAAUUAUUGUUGAUUCUAAUAAAAUUGAUGACACAAAUGAAUUUAUUGAACAAAUUAAUCAAGUUACCAAUUUCUCUACUAAAAUAACAGUCACACAUCCACUUGAAAUAUUACAUUCUCUCAAUGACUGUGGAAAUUCAGUAUUUGAUUUAAUACUAUCCUUUACUUCGAAUUUGAAUUCAUUUAAUCGAUUAUUACAAGUUCUUAAACCUGGAUGUUCAAUUUUUAUACAUAAACUGGUAAAUCCAUCGCAGAAAGAUGAAAUCAACAAAUUAUGUGCCAAGGAAAUCACUCAGCUGAAACUUAGUGGUUUCCGUCUUACUAAUAACAUUCAAUAUGAUUUACCUUCCAAAUGGAAAAUUUCAAAACUUUUAUCAAAUUUCGAUGAAAAUUUAAAAAUUUGUCAAGUUACAGCUGAAAAACCAUCAUAUGAGAUUGGAUCUUCUAUGGUUUUACAAUCUAUAAAGAGUCCCACUGCUGUUUGGAAAUUAGAUAAUAUCGAUGAUGACUUAAUUGAUGAAGACAAUAUACUAAACGAAGAAGAUAAAGAAAAACCGAACUCUGAUUCUUUGAGAGUAUGUGGCACAACUGGCAAACGCAAAGCAUGUAAAGACUGUUCAUGUGGUUUGGCUGAAGAAUUAGGUGAAACUCCGAUCGGUUUAAAAAAUGAAAAAUCAUCAUGUGGAAAUUGCUAUCUUGGUGAUGCUUUCCGUUGCGGUGGUUGCCCAUAUCUUGGAAUGCCUGCAUUUAGACCAGGUGAAAAAAUCAUUCUACAAGAAACUCAACAAAAUUCAUAAUUAAAUAAUUUUCUUUGUAUUGUUGCUUGAUGGUUAAACAUUAUAACGAUGUAAUAUAAAAAUGAUAAUAAAUAUCAAUCGAGAAAGAUAAAA